UCUCCCUCCUCACUCUCUUUCCUCUCUCACUUUUUCUCUCUUGCCCUGCCCCUCUCUCUCUUACUCUCUCUCUCUCCACAACACGUCAUUCGGUCCCGGAUCUGUCGUGAACUGAGACCAUUCUUUGUUAACACCCAUUUGUAGUCCAUAGUAUUUAAGACGGCCCACUUCCUAUUACGCAAAGUUGGCCCCCACCUUUGCUCAUUUCGGACUGAAGCAGACUGAAGUUUAGUUUUCCUUUUUUUCUCUCCUCUGCUUAUAACGGUGAAGAGGUUUAAGCCUAAAGCCUUGAAUUAACUAAAAUAAUACAGACUUUUAUUCAAAUAAUCAUUGUUUCUGUAACACUGAACUAUGUUAAACAUUUUUCAAAUGUAUAUUUUACUGUAAAUAGAGUUGAAUAACUGUAAAAAACUUGGUUAACUGUUACAUUUAUUGAAGACUAUUUAACACAAUUAACAAUAUUUAGCAACUAUAAGCAAUAAUACUACAAGGAACAAACAUUACAAGUAUAACUAACUAAAAAUCAACUUAUUUUUUACUAAUUUUGAAAAAUUAAAAAGUUGAAGGAAACAAAACUGCAAAAGACAGAAUUCUAAUAGUGAGACAACUGCUAAAUAAGCAAGAUGAGCAACAUACCUAUUGUCAUUAUUGGUUCAAAAAACCCAGAAUAUGCUUCUCAAAUUCCAAAAAUUUCUAAGAAGUGGCAAAAGAGAACGCAAGGACUUCCGUGCCCAUGGCCAGAAAAUGGGAGCUUUGACUUAUCCCUUUGUGAACAAAUGGAAACUCGGAUUGCAGACUACAAAGCAAAAAACAAAGGAAAGAAAAGACAAGCCAAAAGAGAACUAGAAUUAAACAUUUUACAGCUAUUCAAGGAAGAAGGUGAAAAAUACCGGAAAAACUUAAAGCAGCAGCUUGCUGAGCUGAAAAAUAAUUAUGAAAAACCAGAUGAUGAUCAAAUGAACCCUGCUGGGUUGUAUCCAGCCCUGACAGGAGUUCUGAAUAUCACAGGUGAUUUUGGAUACAGGAAUGAUGAUCAAAUUAGGGACAUUAAACAAGGUAAAGACAAUGAACUGGAAAUUCAAUUAGAUAGAUCCUCUACAGGGCACACACCACGAUCACCAGUAGCUCAAACACCAGCUCCACCCAGAGGUCCACCACAGACGAGCACAGGUGCUACAGACAGUAGCACAAAUAAUAAGCACUCAAAAAGCAUGGAACUACCGACAUCAUAUGCAAAUGCAGAUGGCUAUAAGCCAGCUGGCAGAUAUGACACAUCAUUACCGCCAGUCCAAACCAGAAGUCAAACCUCUGGUGCCGGAUGCUCCACAACACGGACAGUUGGAAAUAUUAAAAUUCUUGACUGCUAUGCUGGAAGUAAUAAUAAUAAAUUUUUUGAUGGCUACGCGGGUCAUCUGAAAAGACGCAGAAGCGGAGACGCUUAUUGGUUAAGGUUAGGUCCAGAAGUCCUUAAUAUAGAACGUAAAGCAAACCAAACACAGAUACAGGACAUAGAGGAAGAAAUUGAUGAAGGCCUUAGGCAAUUAGCUGAAAAGGAGCCAGGAUGUGAUAAUGGUGAAGACGGAGCAAUGGCUGGUCCGAGUACAAGCACUCCGGUAAAAGAACAAAAAGCCCCAAACCAAAAAGAAUACGAUUUGAGAUCCAGACCUGACAUACGCAAACCUGAUCGUUAUGACCCCUCAAAACAAUUACCAAUCAUAUUAAAAGGAGAUAUUGCUCAAUAUUUGCCAUUUGCCUCGAUGGAUCUGGUAGGGUUAGUCUCGCGGUUGCCGGACAUUCAUAAUGGUGCAGGAAGAUGGAUAAGAGCACUUGAAGAAGAGACAGUUGGCAAAAUCCUGGCACUUGGAGACAUCAAAGCCAUUCUAGCAAAAGUUGUUGGAAUUCCCACCAUGCAGAACAUUUUGAAGGAUCAUCCCUGGAUGCUACAAGAAAGAGCAGACGGGAUUGAACUAAAUGCAUGCCGGACAAUGAUCUGGGCAGCCUUGAGGGCAGAAUUUCCAAACAAAGUAGACCCUAAGAACAUGAAAGCGGAACCAAUUGGUGACUCGGAGAAUCCAGCAUCCUACGUCGCCAGGCAGUUGAGAAGGUGGAACGAAGUAAUGGAGUUUGAUGUUGACGAGUACCCAAUGAUUGCAGGUGUGCUUCGAAAAUCAUUGGUGGAUGUAAUGCCAGAGCCAGUGCGCACCAAACUUGAAGAGGUGGUGGCUCUGAUGUCUAUCCCACACAAGGAAUUUCGUGAUCAUGUGGAAGACAGCAAAAAAGCCCUUCAUGGCCUAACAGGGGACGAGGCGGUCCGCCCAGAGCACCCGGAGCAUGCUGGACAUGUGGUUGUUUUGGACAUCGUGCUGACCAGUGCCGAAAUGGUGACAACUCAUUCCAAAGACGGCCGCGUGGCAGAGCCAGACCAGGUCCACCGACAGCCCCAUACAAUCACCAAGCAGUUCCAUACAAUCAACAGGGAACUCCAUACGAUCCUCAAGGAGUCCCAUAUGAUCCACCAGUUCAACAAAAUUCACCAGCUCAAUACAAUCCACCAAAUUUUGGAUACUAGGGAUGCCCAGAGGACCCUAGGGGAGAGA